UUCCCCAAUUUGAGUAAUCUUUUUUUUUCUCUUCAAUCACUUAAUAACAUCUCAAACUGUGUUCCCAAGUCCCAACCGCUUCAAAAUUAGGUCUCAUCAUCACGUUUCCUUGAAUCGAUCUCUGUGUUUCCAGAUCAGGGCUAAGCUAGAGAGUUGAGAGUUUAGUGGAUUGAGGAUGCAGAAUCAGAAUGAUAUGGUCAAGGAUGAAGCUGAAGUAGCUGCAUCGGCGUUUAAUGGUGAAGAAUGGGGGAACUGUUCAGAUGCUAUGGAGGAACCAUCUUUUCAAGAAGAAGAAUCUGCUAAAGUUCCUUAUGUUGGUGAUAAGGAACCUCUCUCUAGUUUAGCUGCAGAGUACCAAUCAGGGAGUCCCAUUUUGCUGGAGAAGAUCAAGAUACUGGACAGUCAAUAUAUUGCAAUCCGGCGAACAAGAGGCGAUGGAAAUUGCUUCUUCCGAAGUUUUAUGUUCUCUUACCUUGAGCAUAUAUUGGAAUCACAAGAUCGUGCUGAAGUCGAUCGUAUCAAGGUCAAUGUUGAGAAAUGUAGAAAGACUCUGCAAAACUUAGGUUAUACAGACUUUACGUUUGAGGACUUUUUUGCGCUGUUCCUUGAGCAACUAGAUGACAUUCUCCAAGGAAAUGAGGGGUCUAUAAGCUAUGAUGAACUCGUUAACAGAAGUAGAGAUCAGUCAGUCUCAGACUACAUUGUAAUGUUCUUCAGGUUUGUUACUGCUGGUGAUAUACGAACGCGUGCAGAUUUUUUCGAGCCCUUUAUAACAGGCCUAUCAAACACAUCAGUGGAUCAGUUUUGCAAGUCUUCUGUUGAACCAAUGGGGGAAGAGAGCGACCAUAUUCACAUAACCGCUUUGUCAGACGCGCUUGGUGUUGCUAUCCGGGUUGUGUAUCUUGACCGUAGCUCAUGUGAUAAUGGAGGCGUCACUGUGAACCAUCAUGACUUUGUCCCUGUGGGCACUGAUGAGAAAGAAGAAGCUUCUGCACCUUUUAUAACCUUGCUGUAUCGUCCAGGGCAUUAUGAUAUCCUCUAUCCCAAGUCAUCUUGUAAGGUAGCGGACAAUGUGGGAAAAUGAUCAAUCAUAAAACCCAUUGGAAGAUGUUUACAGAAAAACUGUGGUAAUAUGGAUUCAUGUGGAAGAAACCAUGGAACAAUCAACAAUUACAUCAUCUAUUUGCUUCUUGAUUCUGAUAAAAGAACCCUUUUUGCAACAUUAAUAUAGAAUAUAAUGGAACGUCUCUUUACUUUGAUCA